UUGUUUUCUUUUUUUCCCGCACAGAAAUAGAAGGUUCCAUUGCCCCUUUUCGCUUACAUCUAUAAUCCGUUAUGCUUUAAUUCCAAUUUCGGAUUUGUUAGCUAAAUUACCUCAGCCUUGUCGGGAGAUUUUUUAUGAGACUAUAAAUAAAAUAAAGAUCCCAUUUAAUAAAAAACCCCCAAAGUGAUUCAAGAGUUAUAUAUUGUAAUAAUAAUAAUGAGAUCUGCACUCUUAGCCUUGUGUCUUUCGGCACUUCCAUCCGUUUUCGCUUCUUCUUCCUAUGGAGCUAUUGAAUUUAAUAAUCUCGGAUUUGACGGAUAUUAUCGUCAAGUUGCAUCGAUUUCUAACGAAGAUACAAGUGAAUGUACUUGUGCUCUUUCCACCGAUAAGACAGCCUUUUCCGGUAAGAAUGCGCCUCUUAACGAAGGUCUCUCAGUUCAUUUCAGAGGUCCCCUUGUUUUGAGUCAGUUUGGUUACUACGUUUCCCCUUCUUUCACCCAUGGAUCUGACUCUAGUGGUGAUUGGUCAAGAUUAGCGUACUAUGACGCUGACUCAUCCACCGCAGAAAAUGUAACCUUUUUAACCAAUGCUGGUACCAAUUCUUCAUGUCUUGGUAAGGCAUUAACUUAUGCUGGCUCCGAUGGUAUUUCAUCCGCUCAAAAUCCAACUGUGCUUGCUAAGGAUACCAAGAUUGUCUCAGAUCAAGAAUAUACUAUUUUUUCUGACGUUAAAUGUGGAAGUUCAGGUGUAAACAACGACUGUGGGGUUUACCGUAAUGGGAUCCCUGCCUUCCAUGGUUAUGACGGUGAUAUCAAGAUGUUUUUGUUUGAGUUUGAAAUGCCAAAGGAAACCACCGUUUCUAAAGAUGAAGUCUCUUAUUUUGAUAUGCCAGCUAUUUGGCUUUUAAACGCUAGAAUCCCAAGAACCUCGCAAUAUCCAGACAAUGGUAACUGUUCAUGUUGGAACUCUGGAUGUGGUGAAUUUGAUAUUUUUGAAGUUAUGAACACCACCGAAUCCAGCCAUUUGUACUCAACCAUUCACGAUUACCAAGGCACUGGAGACAUUGAAAAUGGUCUUCAAGCCGACGGAUACAUUCCAAGAGAUACCACUGGGAGCAUGAAAGGUGGUGUUGUCUUUGAUAGCACUGGAACUGCUGUUGUCUUUAUGUCCAACAGUACCUCUAUCACCGGUAACAUUACUGCAAGUGAUUUGAACUCUUGGAUCAAGGAAGCUGGUACCGUAGUCACCGACACUUUGAGUUCAGUUGCACCUGCAGCCACCUCUUCUACAUCAAAAAAGAGUGAUGGAUCCUCACUUUCAAGCAAGUCUUUCUUGUCUAACAUUGGUUUUAGUGUAUUAAGUGCUCUUUACUACCUUACUAUUUAGAGAACAAGAAAAAAAAGUCGUUGGUUCGACG